GAAACGUAUGUUUGCCGAGCAAGAAUAGAGCGGUGUUGAGGAAAGUGGCACUGUCAAAUCAUAGGCUGACUGCAUGUUAAAAAAGACGUAGCUAAUUCCAGAUUGCGUUUUACAGCGGAAUGUUCACUCGAAGGGGCCAUGGAGACGUCAAGAAAUCUACACAGAAAGUUCUGGACCCAAAGAAGGAUGUAUUGACCCGACUGAAGCACCUCCGGUCACUGUUAGAUAUCUUUGAGAAGAGUGAAUUGAAGACCUUCUUCGAAAGCAACUGUUCUCAGAUUUAUUUUAUCUUCUAUGAAAAUUUCAUUACACUGGAAAGUAACUUAAAGCAAAAAGGGAACAAAUCUCAGAGGGAGGAGCUGGACUCUAUCCUCUUUAUUUUUGAAAAAAUUCUGCAACUUCUACCAGAAAAAAUCUACAGUCGAUGGCAGUUCCACAGUAUAGGUUCUAUUCUGAAAAAGCUUUUGCACACUGGAAACUCAUUCAAGAUCAGAUGUGAGGGAAUUCGUCUGUUCCUGCUCUGGCUGCAGGCCCUGCAGAAUAACUGUGCAGAGGAACAGUUCCUCAUCUUCGCCUGCCUGGUGCCAGGCUUCCCUGCCGUGCCCUCCACCAGAGGACCCUGCACCCUGGAUACCAUCAUCUACAACCCUUUCUCCAACCCUUCCGAUGCCAAGGUGGUGCCUGAGGAGAUCACCCCACUGGUGCCAGCUGUGCCAGGGGAGAAGCUGGCAGAUGACCAGACCUGCUACAUCCUCCAAACCCUGCUCAAGUUCAUGGUUGUCCAGGCGUCUAGUUUAGAGUGGAGGAACAAAGACAACCAGGACACCGGCUUCAGGUUUCUCUUCAGUCUGUUCAAGAAGUACUACCUUCCUCACCUCUUCCCCUCCUUCACCAAGCUCACCAACCUCUACAAGCCACUUUUAGACCUCCCCCACCACAGACCAAAGCCUCUGUAUGUCCCAGUGACUCGUAACAACGAGAGCACGUUCUGUACGAGGGACCAGUACCUAGCUCCCCGUGUGGCCUUUAUCACCUGGCUGGUCACCUUCUUCCUGGACAAGAAGUACAUCAGCACCCCCAGCGCCAAGAACGGGACGAACGAGGUCAUCCCCAAACUCAUCCAGACUGUCACCGCAGGCAGUAGCAGUCAGGAGAAGGAGAGGGAUAAAGACCGUGGUGGUAGUGAGGAGCCCCACGGCCCUACAGAGCCAGAGAAGAUCCACUCUAACGGUAGCACGCUGUCUGACCGGCGCCCCAGCGACUCCAGCCUGUGCAGCAUCGACGAGGAGCACCGCAGCGUCUACGACAUGGUGCACGGCAUCCUGCUCUCCACACGGGACAACAUCAACUUCGUCAACGAGGUCUUUCACCAGGCCUUCCUGUUGCCCUCCUGUGAGACGUCAGCGACCCGGAAGGUGAUCAAGGUGUACAGGAAGUGGAUCCUGCAGGAGAAGCCAGGCUUCAUGACGGAGCCAGAGAAGAGCAGACAGGCUGAGGUGGAGGAGAACCCUGAGCAGCUGCUCAUCACGGAGACUGACAACACACACACACCGGUGUUGAAAAGUCACGGUCACAAGCGUUCAUCCAGUUGGGGAAGAACAUACUCUUUCAGCAGUGCCAUCAGCCGGGGCUGUCUCACUGAGGAACAGAACAGAGACAUCAAGGCUGGCAUCCAGCCCACCCUGCAGGUGUUCCUAACCAACUCUGCCAACGUGUUUCUACUGGAGCCGUGCCAGGACGUGCCCAAACUACUGGACAACCAGGUGGAGGUGUGCAAGGGGGUGCUGAGCAUCUACCGCCACAUGAUCAUGGAGCACGCCAUGAACACACAGACAUGGCAGCAGAUGCUACAGGUGCUGCUGAGGAUCACUGAGGCGGUGAUGAAGAGGCCUCAGGAGAACCAAAGAAAAGACCCCUUCGCUGAGAGCCUGGCUGCCAUCCUCUUCAGGACAAUCAUGGUGGCGUGGGUACGGGCCAACCUGUGUGUCUUCAUCUCUCGGGAGCUGUGGGACGAGCUGCUGUCUGUGCUGUCGUCUUUGACAGGCUGGGACGAGCUGGUGACAGAGUGGGCCAGCAUCAUGGAUUCUCUGACCGCUGUCCUGGCCCGCUCCGUCUACGGCCUGGACAUGAGCAACCUGCCCCUGGACAAACUCAGUGAACAGAAGGAGAAGAAACAGAGGGGACGGGGAGUGGUCCAGGACUCCCAGAAGGCAGCAGCGGUGGCCAGGUCCUUCUCUCUGAGCUGGAGAAACCAGGGAGACCAGCAGGGGGUCCAGGAGCCCAUGAGGUUCCGCAGCGCUACCACCUCAGGGGCCCCUGGCGUGGAGAAGGCCCGCAACAAUGUCCGACAGAAAGCCACAGCUAAGCGAAGCCAGUCUAUCAGCAGCUGUGUCCACCUUUAUGAGGCUCUGCCUGCUACUAAAAGUGUUCCUAUGCUGCUUCACACUGUGAGCUCUUUCCUGCCUGGUCUUUCCUCCUCUUCUGGUAACUCUUGCUCUCACAGGCUUUCAGACGUGGAGGAGGGCCAGCUGUCUGAGUGUGGGGGAGACGGAGACCUGGAAUCUGGUGACAGCCCUCUACCACGCAGCAGCAGCACCUCCGACAUCACACAGCAACUGUCUGACACCUUCCCAGGCCAGAAGAGAGCGUACUCCCCCAACAAUUCCUGUGUCUCCGAUGGCAAGACGUCAGAAGGGAGGCGAGAUGGCGAUCCACCCUUGAUUCUGAUCCGGCGGAGCAGCAGUCCAUCUGAGCUGGACUACCCUGUAGAGGGUCACAGCCCAUACACAAGGCUCCAGCUCCGGGAGAAAAGUGAGAGUGUGAGCAGCGAGACGUCCAACGGCUACCUGAACGACGCUGACAGCAGCCUGCUGGCCUGGCAGGCGUUUGAGGAGGAGGCAGACUUCCAUUCAGCCCAGAUAGGGGUCAAAGCAGACACAGAGAGCCAGAGGAACCUGCUGCUCAGCCACAAUGAGGCCCUUUCAGGUCCUGAGUGUGCCCUCUCUCCCCACUCUGCACCACUGUCUCAGCACCAGCACCCCCCCGCCUCGCCAGCUUUGCUCGUGCACCCUGAGUGCCGGGAAUGCCCCCAGCUCCUGGAGGACACCAUGCAUCAGUCUGUGUUACACAUGCCUCAGGACCUGGACAGCAGUGAGUGUCUGACUGAUGAUGUCAGCAUCAUUGCAGGCGGGAGCCUAACAGGCUGGCACGCUGACUCAGCCUUUGUGCUCUGGAGGAGGAUUCUGGGUAUCCUGGGGGAUGUCAACAGCAUCCGCUGCCCCAGGAUCCACGCCAAGGUGUUCAGUUACCUCUACGACCUGUGGCACAAAUUGGCUAAGAUCCGGGACAACCUGGGCAUCAGUGUGGAUAACCAGUCAUCUCCUCCCCGCCCUGUCUUCAUCCCUCCUCUCAGAAUGCUGGCCUCUUGGCUCUUCAAGGCCACCAUGCUGCCAUCAGAGUUCAAGAUGGGGAAGCUGCAGGCCUAUAAACUAAUCUGUGAGAUGAUGACUAAGAACCAGGACGUGCUGCCCAACAGUGACUUCCUGGUCCAUCUCUACCAAGUCAUGCACAAGGGCUUCACCAGCGAGGACCAGGACGUUCUAAACACAGUGAUCCGUUCCUGUUCCCCACGCUUCUUCUACCUGGGCCUGCCUGGCUUCACCAUGCUGGUGGGAGACUUCAUCACCGCUGCAGCACGCAUCCUCAGCCACGACACAGCCGAGGCUCCGAGGAUUGACGCACAGACUGUCCUUGGGUCGCUGGUCUGUUUUCCCAACCUCUACCUGCAGAUUCCUCUACUGCAGACUGUUCCUGGAACUGAUAACAUCGUCGUCGGGAACGAGGACAUUAAGGACUAUCUGGUCAACAUCUUACUGAAGACGGCACGGAAUGAACCCUGUGAGGCUGCCAGGUGUAUAGCUGUGUGUAGUCUGGGCCUGUGGGUAUGUGAGGAACUGAUGCAGAAUCAUAUUCACCACCAGGUCAAGGAUGCCAUCAAUGUACUGGGCGUAACACUAAAGUUUGGGAACAAGGCUGUGGCUCAUGUAGCCUGUGACCUGUUCCAGCUCCUCAUCUCUCACUGGGAACACCUCCAGAGGCUAGAGCGCUCUCUCCCAAAGAAAAUCAUUGAGAUCUUUGUGGCUACUAUAGCAUUUCUGUUGCCGAGCGCAGAGCACUCGGCAGUGGAGGCUGACAAAAAGCUAAUGGUGUCUCUGCUGCUGUGCCUGCUGGACUGGUGCAUGGCCAUGCCCCUGAGUAUGCUGCUGGAGCCCAUCACCAUGCCCGUGCUGGAGGACUCCACAUCCCACAAGGCCCCUCUGCUCGACUACAUCUACAGGGUGCUUCACUGUUGUGUCUCUGGCUCCAACCUGCACACCCAGCAGAGUCACUACCUCCUGAGCCUGUCUGACCUCUCCACUGACUACGACCCCUUCCUCAUGCUGGGCCAGGUCAAAAAUUCUGAGCCCCCGCCCUCACACACUGCUGCAGACUUUGGCAACCUGCUCACCGUUGCCGAAGAGAAGAAAAGACGGAAUAUGGAGCUCAUCCCUCUGACGGCGCGGAUGAUCAUGACACACCUUGUGAACCACCUGGGCCACCAUCCCCUCAGUGGUGGCCCCGCCCUCCUGCACAGCCUGGUCAGUGAGAACCACGACAACCCCUUUGUGGAGUCAUCAGAACUCUCCUCUGAGGUGUUCAAGAGCCCCAACCUGCAGCUGUUUGUGUUCAACGACAGCACCCUGGUGUCCUACCUCCAGGUACCCUCGGAGCCCUCUGGUCCAGGGGAACCCUAUGACAACUCCUCCCAGGUACGGGUCAUCGUCAGGGACAUCUCUGGAAAGUACUCCUGGGACGGAGGGGUCCUCUACCGCACCCAGGAGGGAGUCAACGGCAUGCAUCAGAGGACCUCAGACCCCUCCAACCACUCCACCACCAAGCCUACCUCACCAGGCACCUCAGACCCUUCCAACCACUCCACCACCAAGCCUACCUCACCAGACACCUCAGACCCUUCCAGCCACUCCACCACCAAGCCCACCUCACCAGGCACCUCAGACCCUUCCAACCACUCCACCACCAAGCCCACCUCACCAGGCACCUCAGACCCCUACAACCACUCCCCCACCAAGCCCACCUCACCAGGCACCUCAGACCCUUCCAACCACUCCACCACCAAGCCCACCUCACCAGGCACCUCAGACCCCUACAACCACUCCACCACCAAGCCCACCUCACCAGGCACCUCCGAGCGCUCCAACCCCCCUGGCUGGGACUCCCAGUCAGGCUGUGAUGAGGAGGAGGUAGAUGGCCUGGACCAGCUCCUAGAAGACCUGGGAUACAGCAGCCCUGAGUGCCUGCCCCAGCCCCGGCUGAGGCUCAACCAGCCAGCCCCCUCUCCCUGUGGGAUGAACCUGGAGCAGGAGGGGGCCAUCAUGGAGGCCAUCCUCAGGCAGAUGCAGCAGGAGGAGGAGCAGGUGAAGAGGUGGAACGCAGACGUGAGCGUCAAGGUCACCGGCCAGAGAGAACCCGCUCACCAGGAGCCCAAAGCUCUCUUCUACUUCUGCAGACUGCUACUCAACGACCUGGGUAUGAACUCAUGGGACCACAGGAAAAGCUUUCAUCUCCUGAAGAAGAACUCAAAACUUUUGAGAGAACUGAAGAAUUUGGAUUCCAGGCAGUGCAGGGAGACACACAAGAUCGCUGUGUUCUACAUCGGGGAGGGUCAGGAGGACAAAUGCUCCAUCCUGUCCAACAGCGCAGGCAGUAAGACCUACGAGGAUUUUGUGUCUGGCCUGGGAUGGGAGGUGGAUCUAGCCACACACUGUGGCUUCAUGGGAGGGCUUCAGAGGAACGGCAGCACAGGACACACUGCUCCCUACUACGCUACCUCCACGGUGGAAGUCAUCUUGCAUGUGUCCACACGCAUGCCGUCCAACUCUGACGACUGCCUCACCAAAAAGCUGCGUCACCUGGGAAACGAUGAAGUUCACAUAGUGUGGUCGGAGCACAGCAGGGACUACCGGCGCGGCAUCAUCCCCACUGACUUUGGAGACGUACUGAUCAUCGUGUACCCCAUGAAGAACCACACGUUCUUCAUCCAGAUCAUGAAGAAACCACAGGUCCCUUUCUUUGGGCCUUUGUUCAACGGGGCCAUCGUCACUGGAACGCUGCUGCCCAGCCUGGUGCGCGCCACCUGCAUCAACGCCAGCAGAGCUGUCAAGUCCCGCCUGACGCUCUACCAGAGCUUCUAUGAGGAGCGUGCGCUUUACCUGGAGGCCAUCGUGCAGAACCACCGGGAGGUCAUGACCUUUGAGGACUUUGCCUCGCAGGUCUUCUCCCCUUCAACCAGCUACUACCCAAUGAGUGGGACAGGUCAGAAUCCUACUCUGCUCCUCCACUUCCUCCUCUACUCCACAGCAGCACACCUGUUAUCCCUCCUCUUCAGACCCCUCCAUCUCUAUGUCCUGGUCCUUGUCUCCUCACACCCACACUCUGAUGAAUAUCAAAGGCAGCAGGGCCAAGCUCUCUCCACACUGUCUGAGCAGCAGCAUCAAAGACUUUACCGUGGCUCAACAACUUAGUCAGGCCCUGCUCCUUGUCUCUCCGUGUUCUGUUUCAUCUCACCCCCUCCUCUGUUUUUAUCUCCCCCUCUCAUUUAAUUAGCCCGACAGAAAUAUACAUGAUGUGACAUGAUUGAAUGUGGGUUAAACCCGGUGUAUGUGAUCAGUCCUCUUAUCAGAGCAUUCAUACCUGUACCAGAGAUAUGCAGUCUGCUAAACACUGGGUUCACACUGCUGUCUCCCAGAGGUCAGGAAGAGGGGAGACUGAGGGGGACUUCAUUAAACAAUGUCUCCUCUUCCUGCCCUGGCUUGGCCUAGAUCUGAUGGGUCUAUAACAACAACAACACCGCUAACAUCCAGUCAGUACAGCAAUGCUCUCAUGCACUUAUACAAUUGGAAACCUGUGUUCUUUUAUUGUCAUGACUGGAUACUUAAUCUGUUAUUGUGUGUGUGUCUUGGCUACGUGCGUACGAACAUGUCUCUGUGUGUGUAUACGUGUGUGUAUGUUGUGUCUGUAUGUGUGAGUAUGUAUGUGUCUUGUCCAGAUUUCAGCGAGCAGCCCCAGAAGACAGGGUUGAUAAGCAGACUGGCAGAGGCAGGAGGUAGUCUGAUAAGCAGACUGGCAGAGGCAGGAGGUAGUCUGAUAAGCAGACUGGCAGAGGCGGGAGGUAGUCUGAUAGGCAGACUGGCAGAGGCGGGAGGUAGUCUGAUAGGCAGACUGGCAGAGGCGGGAGGUGGUCUGAUAGGCAGACUGGCAGAGGCGGGAGGCGGUCUGAUAGGCAGACUGGCAGAGGCGGUCUGAUAGGCAGACUGGCAGAGGCGGUCUGAUAGGCAGACUGGCAGAGGCGGGAGGUGGUCUGAUAGGCAGACUGGCAGAGGCGGGAGGCAGCCUGAUCUAUUAACGUAAUUUCAGUCAAAAAAACAAAACUGACCUCUAUUGACCUUUCAUCAACCAUAAUACUAAACAGGGAGUAUUCUGUAGGGAGAGGGGAACAGGGAGAGAGGGGAUGAGAGAAAGGGGAGAGAGAAUCUUGUGUGUGGGGCAUUCAUCUGUUCUCUGCUGGUGUGUGUUAUUUGUAGUGGAGCAGGAGAAGGAUAGCUGUUUGGGCUGAUUGAGUCCUCUUUGUGAUUAUGGGAUCAUAGGUUAGUCUGACCAGACAAUAAAUGAUUAUUUUCUCUUAUUGUUAAAUGAGGAUUGGUUUCACAGCGUGGUGCAUCAGCUGUGUCUGAUGAGAGCAGACAUAACAACAAGACCUACUUUAAUCACCCUCUUUAAUCCUGUGGAAAUGAAUUUGGAACAUCUAUACAAAUUGAUGAAUAUACAAAUAGAUGGGCAAACAUUAUUUUUGGGCUAUUGUGUCUCUGUCUGUCGUGACCGAGUGACCGAGGACGUGUUAUUUUGUCCACCGUGGGUUUGGAAUCAGCUGGUCCUCUACAUCAACUGUUUCUAGCCACAGCACCACACCACAGAGAUGCAGGGCAAUUUCAGGAAUCACUCUAGGUCUGCAUGCAGACUUCACCUGGCAAUCUUCUAAACAAGGGGGAGGUUAAAUCCUAGUACACAGAGAUACAGGUGCUCACAGCUUCUUCCAGUGAUAAAACAGGCAUUUUUCUGAGAAGUGGUUCUUUAUAUUUUUUGAAAUGUCUUUUUUGUCAACAUGUUUUCCUGUAUUUACAGCGGCCGAGUGGAUAGUGUACAAUGCAUUUAUGUUCUCUAAUAUGUAGUCUGUUUAUCCUGUGUAUGGUUCUAUGCAUCAACACAUGGCCACUGAUAUAUAAUCACAGAAGGCUGCUUAGUUUUGUCCCUUUGUUGUGUCUGUGACCUCAGACUUAAAAAGCUGCUCUCAUUGUCACCCUUCUCAGAUGUGCUGGUGUCUAGUAAUACAGUGAUUGGCUGUUGCCCUCUCAUGUGUCUUUGUCGUGCCUGUGUCUCAUGUUUCAUAUGCUGCUGCAGUGUGAGUGUGUGUGCUUGUCAAUACCCCUGCUUAGGUUCAUUGCUCCACUAAUAUGUCAUCCAUGACGUGCAGCGUGCCGGCGUUGGCCGGGGAUGGUUUGGGACAUGGAGUACCCUUGGGCCAAGCUGGACUGUAAGACUUCUGCCUGUUUCCUCUACUAGGCAUGAUGCCCAUUGCCCACCCUCCACCUUAGCCUGACCUUCACCUUUGACACCACAGCUACACCAUCUCAGAGACCAUCAAUCAUACUAACCUGCACCCCGACCCUGGACAGUUCUAAUAUCCCACUUCCUCCUGCAUGAGUCAUCUCUAACCUACAGUAGAUUACCCCCAUCCUCCCCGCUGUGGCCCUGCAGUGUGACUGUGUGUCUACUGUCCGAGUUGUUUAUGUGGUUUGAGUGUUUGUUCACACUGACAUGUUGAAGUUAAUUUUUUGGGGCCAGGGGGUUGGACUCAGUCUCAAAUUACUGUAGAGAGUAAGAAUAGCAGAAUACACACGGCGCAAUUUGGAAAUGUGGUUGUGCAUCAGCAGUUUGUCAGUCACUCAAUUAGCCCAUGUCAGUAAAAAAUGUUUAGAUUUGUAAGUUAUUAUAGUGGCUUAGUAAACUUAGGGCCCCCAUUUUCUCACUCAGAUAUCAUAAUAAAACCUGCAAACAUUUCUCUCCACCCUAUGGAAAAAUGUGUAGAAUUGCAGGGAAUUAGCUGUAAAACUGCAAAUUGUCCUGUCCGCCCCGUGGAAUGUGUAGAAUUGCAUGAAAUGAGUUCUAAUAUUGUAACAUUUUCUCUACUCACCAUGGGAAAAUGUGUAGAAUUGCACGAUUUAACUCUAAAAGGUAGAACUUUUUUUUCCACUGUCAAGAGGAGGGCUGCUUAAAUAUUUUGCUUGUAAUUUGGUGGAGGGGGGGGGGGGUACCCAAUUGUCAUAC